GGAUGGAGUGAAGGGGCGGAUCCUGGGGCUGGAGGAGUUGGGGAAGGCGGCUCCCCCUUCCCCUGAGGCCCCCGCCUCCUGUGGCCCCGCCCCCGAGUCCGCGCAAGCUGCGGAGUCGCGGAGCUGGGCGCACUAGGGUGCUCUGGGAGCAACGUUCGCGCCCACGGGCCACUACCCAGAGUUGAGAGGCGGCGGCCGCUCGGGGAUCUCUGUCAAGUCGGGGGCAACAGCAGCCGCGGGAGAAGGACCAGUGAGAAUAUGGCGCUCGUAGGCAAUGGAGCGGAGCAGGAAGCGGACGAGGAAACCUUUGAAGAUGCCUUUGAAAGCCUCCCUUUGGAAAACAAGAUGGAUCUUAGGUGUUCCCUAGAAGAAUGCACAAUGGCAUUAAACUUAUUUCUGAAUAAUAGAUUCUCAGAUGCCUUAGAAUUACUUCGUCCAUGGUCGAAAGAGAGUAUGUAUCAUGCUCUGGGCUACAGCACUAUUUUAGUAAUGCAGGCAGCAAUGACCUUUGAGCACCAGGACAUCCAAAAUGGCAUUUCUACAAUGAAGGAAGCUUUACAAACCUGUCAAAAGUUCAGGAAAAGAAAUACAAUGGUAGAAUCUCUGUCGAGUCUUAUUACCAAAUCAUCAGUGGAUCAGCUGAGUGAAGAGGAAAUGCACGCAGAAAUCUGUUAUGCGGAGUGUCUACUACAGAAAGCAGCUUUGACAUUUUUACAGGAUGAAAACAUGAUCAACUUCAUCAAAGGUGGACUCAAAAUUAGAACAAGUUACCAAAUAUAUAAGGAAUGUUAUUCUGUUCUUCAAAUGACUCAGGGCAACAAAAAACAGAAGGAAACCCAUUACCAGUUUGAAGGAGGAGUAAAGCUUGGAAUAGGAGCAUUUAACUUGAUGUUAUCUCUCUUACCAGCAAGAGUUCUUCGACUACUAGAAUUUAUUGGGUUUUCUGGAAACAGGGAACUGGGCCUCAGCCAAUUGCGAGAGGGUGCAUCUGGAUCCAGUUUGCGAUCUACACUAUGCUGUUUAACUUUACUCUUAUUUCAUACUUAUGUCUCACUAGUCCUUGGCACAGGAGAAGCCAAUAUCGAGGAAGCCGAGACUCUCCUUGAACCCUAUCUCCAGAGGUUUCCAAAUGGCUCACUAAUUUUGUUUUAUUCUGCAAGAAUAGAACUCCUCAAAGGGAAUUUUGAAAAGGCUCAGGUAAUAUUCCAAAACUGUAUUGCAUCUCAGGAAGAAUGGAAACAGAUUCAUCACCUCUGUUACUGGGAGCUGAUGUGGUGUUAUACAUUCCAGCAAGAAUGGCUUAAGGCAUAUCAUUAUGCUGAUCUGCUUUGCAAAGAGAGUAGAUGGUCCAAGGCCAUAUAUGUCUUUCAGAAAGCUGCAAUUUUGAGUAUGCUUCCAGAUGAAGAUGUGAAACCAACUGGAGAGAAUAUUGUGUCUUUGUUUAGGCAGGUGGAGGGCUUGAAGCAGAGAAUUGCUGGCAAAUCUAUCCCAACGGAGAAGUUUGCAGUGAGGAAGUCCCGGCGUUAUUCCAGUUCGUCCUUUCCUGAAAAGCUGAUCUUACCUGCUCUGGAAAUGAUGUAUAUUUGGAAUGGUUUUAUGGUAGUGGGCAAAAGACCUGAUCUCACGGAAAAUCUCUUGAUCACCAUUGAAAAAGCAGAAACAACUUUACGAAAUGAAAUAAGGAAGGAUGAAGAAGAGAAUGCAACAGUAUGGGAACACACAAAGAGGAGGGAAACCUUUUCACUAUUUCAAAAAGAGUCAAAUAGAAAGUGCAAUGAUUACUUCACGGAUGACCAGUGUUUGGUGCAGUUACUGAAAGGUCUCUGUCUGAAGCACUUAGGACGCCUCUUACAAGCUGAACUGUGUUUCAAUCAGGUUAUUCAAAGUGAGAAGCAACUAAAAUUUGACCACUAUCUUGUGCCAUUCACUUUAUAUGAACUGGGACUUUUAUACCAACAGCAAGGAGACACGGAGAAGGCCAUACGCAUAAUAGAAACUGCAAAAACCAACUACAAAGAUUACUCUAUGGAGUCCAGACUGCACUUUAGAAUCCAUGCAGCACUCAGCAGUCUGAGAAGCUCUCCUGCUUCAACUCCUUGAUGGAAGGCACCUGGGUGGAAGAGUCCUCUAAUCUAGUAGGCGCUUCUCUCCUCUAGAGAAGUCCUUGUAUUAAAAUGGAUACAUGAUCAUGUACAUGAGAGAGAGGGAACAAGCAAGUUGAUUUUAUUAUCAAUGUUUUCUUUCAUCUAGUUCUGUUUGGAUGUUGUCCUUGUUUCCAGGUUUUCUUUUCCUAUGGAAUUUUACCAUAGCUGCUUUGUUCAGUCUUUUAUUAGAAAGUCUUUAUUUUGUCUCACAAGAAGAAGCUUCAUGUUAGACUUGAAUUGGGGUGUGUGUGUGUGUGUGGAUAUUUUAAGACUUGCAGGUGCAAUAAAGUCUAAUUUAGAUGAUUUUUUCCAUGUGCACAUUGAUAUUGUUGAGGUAGCAGGAUGAAAUCUUAUGAUCCUGAAUCAUAUCUAGAGAAUUCAGAGGAGAAGAUAUUUCUGUACUAUGCUAUUUCACAUCCUUUGGGCCCCAGAGCUGAGCCUCUUAUCAGUCAUUUAAUCUCCAUGAGCACUUCAUUACCUGAUUUUUUUUUAAAACAAAAAUAAAAAUCACCUUCAUCCAGAAAUACAAAAUUACUUAUAGAUAUGCCUUUCUGAAGAAUAUGGUACAGAACUAACAAAGGACAGGAACAGUUGUUGCAAUGAUUUUAUAGGCCUAAAGGCUUUCCCUCACUUGAACUGAAACCAAAAUGUUGCCUUUUUUCCUCUGUAUGAUAAGAGGAAGCAAGUUUUAUUUUUUGAGAGAGAGAGAUUGAGAGAGAGAUAUGUUGGCCUCUCCUUGAAUGUAUUGAAAUCAUUUGUAUUUCCCAGAGCCUGUGUGUAUCUCUCUAUUGAGAAAAUGAAGACCGUGAUGUUCCUGGGCAUUCAGUAGUCAGAAAGGAAGGCCUGAAAGUAUAAUUUGUGAUUUUUUUUUUCCUCCUCAGGAAGCAAAGCACAAUUAACAUUGCUUGUACAAUGUAGUUCCAUCUUUAUAGUUCACAAUGUUUUGGUGAUCAGUAUCUGAUUUUAUGAUCUCUCUUUGCUCUUAAUUUUUUCAAGUUCUAUUUGUACACAUUAGUAAUAUAUUCAGUCCUUUAUUUGAAAACUAUAGUCUUGGUACACUUAAAUUAACAUUUUUUCAAAAAUAGUUGCUAUCAAAAUACAUAGGACAUGGGAUUUUAGAUAUUUUAAAAUUAUAUCUUUAAAAUACAUCAUAUUUCACAACUGCCAUCACUUUUUUUUUUCCUGAGGGAGGCGUAGUUCUGUCUUAGCACCAAAUACCAGCUGCUAAUGGUCACAGCAGGGAAGGCCAGAUAAAAUUCAUGAUAUAGCAGGGUUCUUUCAUUUAUAUUGUGAAGUAGUAUUUGUUACUUUAAGAAAAAGGAUAUGCCCUUUUUGUGGAUGGCAUUGGCACAUGAUUAGCACAUGAAAGGGUCCAGGUGCUCCCUUUGUGAAUUCCAAGAUGUGAAAAUCCAAACAUAUUUACAUUUACUCAUAGAACUAAUCAAGGAAAAAAUAUAUUGUGCUUGGUACACAGUUUAGUGCUUUUUUGUUCAUUCAAAAGAUAUCUACAUAAAGCAUCUACAUAUUGGCCUAUGUAAUAAGACAGGUAGGGAACAGAAAUUUACUUUCUCAUUCCUAGUUAUUUCCUGCCAUUAACUCAUGUUAAGCAGGUAUAUUAUAUUUAACUGGGACACUUAAAAUACUAUGAUGAAAAAUUUUCAUUAGGUUACUAACAUGGUCGGUACAUUUGCACAUUAUUAUGGAAGAAAGGAAUUCAGAAAAAAAAUUUUUUUAAUUCCCUGUGGUAGUUAGCUUAUGUGCAGUAAAUCCAGAAUAUUUCAUGUUCAUAUCUACUUUUCCUGGAUGAUAUCAUUUGAAACAAAACUUCUUCAUGGCCUUGUUUGGAAUUGUUUUGGUUGCAUCAUUUUUAACUAAAAGCACCCCUGUUCAUUAUUUACAAGCAGCAUUCAGAACUGCAUAGUCAAUAAAGAAUUCUCUCUCCCAAAAGGCAAACUGCCUUUUAAAAGCCAUUGGUAAAUCCUAUGCUAAUGUUUUUAUAAAAAAAUUUAUUUCUAAAUUGCCAACCACAGUUUUAAAAAUCCAGUAACUCCAAAGUAAUUGUUUGUAAUUUAUCUUUAGCUUUUAAUUUAUUUCCUAAAAUUGCUAAGCAUUAUGGAUAAAUCUGCCAGAACUAAUUUUAGAUGCCUUAAUAGUCUUCAUUCAUUCAGUCUUCAUAUAUUUGUUAAGCAUUGACUUUUUAUACGGCACUCAUUUAGGCACCAGUUUUUUUCUGAGAGUAACAGUCUACACUUGUUGCUUCUCCUUGUUCACUCAGCCACUUAUUCCUCAAAUCCAGAAGUCCAGACUCCACUUCUGUUACUUGACUGUGGGCAACAGUAUAUUUCAUAAAUGUCACAUCCAAUGUCCUUUCUCCAUUAUCAUUCUCCUUAACAGCUUUGAAACUUUUGCUGUUGUUGACUACCUCUCCUUAAAACUUUUUCCUUUCUUGUCCUCCAUGAUACAGUACUCUCAUGGUUUCUUCCUACCUCUAACCAUUUUUUCUCUUUUGAAGUUUAUUCUUUUCCUACUUCCUAGAUACAGAGAUUCCCCAGCAUGAUGCUUGCUCCCUUUUUCUCUCUGUAGUCUCUCCUUUGGAGUUCUUGUCCACUACUGUGACUAGCUGUCACUUUAAUCACCAUUGUGCAGGUUGACUCCUAAUUUUAUAUCUCUGCAUUUGACCUUGAACUGCCUCCUCCUCAUUGCUCAGGCAGCACCUCAAGUUUACAUUCAAAACCUACUUUUCCCUUUUCUUGAAUCUAUCCUUCCUAAUAUUUCCAUUUCUGUUAAUUUGCACACCAUUCUCCUAGUAAGUCAGGUUCAAAAUUUACAUAUUACUUUGACCCACCCCUCUUCCAAAUAUACACCCUUACAUCAAAUCAUUUCCCAAAUUCUCUCAGCGGGUGAAAUAACUCACAUAUUUGCCCCUUACUCUUCAUUCCCAUCAUCUCUACCCUAAUAUAGGCUCUCAUCUGUGUAUUGCCUAGAUUAUUGCUUAUUCAUCUCCUUGUCUACAAUUUAUCUUCAAUCUGUCCUAUAGUCUGUCCCAGAGCAGUCUUUCUAAUGUACAGUACUGAGUAUGUUGUCACUCUCCUACUCAUGAGCCACCAUAGAAUUCCCUGAAUCCUGAAUAAAGGCCAGACUCCUUAUUCAGACAUUCAAGAAACUCCAGAAGUCUACAGCCUAUAUUUUCAGCCUUAUCUCACACACUUGAUGCUCUUCCUUGUUGCUCAAACUCAUCCCAGUCUUUGACUCCCUUACAGGGUUGUUGGGAGGAAAGCAUUUUGUAUAUACCUUAAAGCACCCAUAUGAAUGCAAGUUUGUGUGUGCGUGGGUGAGUGUUUUUCUACCAUAUGCUCUGCUUAGAUUAUGUUCCUUCGUCCCCACCCCCCCAGUCCAUGUUCUCUGCCUGUUGAAAGUCAACCCAUUUUCAAAACCCAGAUCAAAAUCCACUUAAAAGAAAGAAAUUCAGUUCCACUUAUCCUUCAUAUCUUUCAUUGUCCUUUGUUUAUAUUUCUUCACUUGUAUUUUAUUCAUUUGUGUAUAAGUCUUGUCUUCCUGAUUAAACUAUGAGCUCCUGGAGGGCAGGACUACUGCUUUACUGAUCUUUGUAAUCUCCAAGACCUUUAUUGGUGACUUGAACAAGUAGGAACUUAAUAAAUAGAUGUUUUAAUUAAAUUGAAUAUCAAUCCCCUUUUUAUUUACAGGUUAGCUUGCUAAAUCAAGACAUAUUAGUCAUAUUGUGUUUGAAUUGAGAGCCAUUGAGGAUCAAGACUUGAGAUUAUACAACUCUCACAUUCCUAAUCUUGUAUGUUUUUUCACAAAUCUAACAAUCUCCAUUUGGUCGUGGUGACAGAGCUAUGGUUUCAAGGGGGAAGAUAUACCAUGUAAAAGUUCCUCCUCUGUGAUGGAGAUUUUCUCCCCAAAUUUAGAAAUUAUCUUCUGACAGUUGUAUUAUGGCUCAUACAGGUAGUUUUAAUUGUCCUUUUUUGAUGCACUGUAUCUUUUCCUUUUUAAAUUAAUCUCUUGAUAUCUGUAUUUUAACAGUUAAUGAUUUUACUCUUUAACAUAAAAAUAAUUUUUCUGAGGUAGUCCUGGAAUUAUGCACUUUGAUUUAUCCUUGAAUUUUCCUACCUCUCUAUGCUUUUAAAUUGAGGCAAAGGAACAGUAUGGUUAUAAUACAUUCUCUUGGAACAUGAUAAUGCUUCAUGAACUAUAUACAAUGUGGAAGAGCCCUUAUAGUACUUCGUUAAUGCUCCUGGUUUGGGACAGAAUUAGUGUGGUCUCUCCUAAAGUAUCAGUUACUCCCUAUAACAUUUCUUCAGAAGAAGGCUCUUGACUUUCUUAUGUGACAUAUAACUGUGAUCAAGAAAUUCUUUAUUGUCAGAUCCAAGUGUAAUCAGGGACAGCUUGAGUUCUGCUUAUGUUUUGUCCUCAGAUAAAGCAGAGCAGCCAAUCACUGUUAGCUUUAACAGUACCUUCAUGUGCUUGGAAAGCCUUUCUAUAUCUUCCUUCAUCUUCAUUUUCUCCAGGCUAAAUAAAACUUGCUCAUUUUUCUUUUAGGAAUAGAAUUAAUCCCCUUGAUAGUAAUUAUUUUUAGCAUUCAUAAUAUACCUUUAGCUAUGGCAUCCAGGAUUGGUUCAAUUAGUGCUGAUUACUGAAGGGAAAUUAAUUCAUGCUUCUAUUAUGCUAUAUUUCAAUCUCUAUCUCAGUAUUAUGCUGACUAUUUAGAGUAUAGCACUAGAGGAUUCUAUUUUGGUACUGUUCUAUAGACCAGUGGUGUCAAAUUUAAAUAGAAAUGGGCCUACUAAACUAUCUUAUGGAUCCCUGCAGGCCUCAUAUUGACCUGAAAACAUAUAUUAACAUUUCCCAGGUUCUAUUGUAGUUUUAUUUUAAGUUAUUUCCCAGUUACAUUUUAAUCUGGUUCCAGCUGAUGCAGCUGUUUGAUACCUCUACUGUGUAGACAGACUGCUAGAUGAGAUCACUAGAUGCCAAGUUUUUGCAACAACUCUGAUUUGCUUUAGAUUAUAUUCAUUAUAUAUCAUUUUGCUUAUUUUUCCUCUCUAAGUGAAGUGCUCUGUACUCAUAUGUUUUCCAUUUGUUACUGCUCUUCUGUUUCCAGUUUAUAAAUGCUAUUGACCAAUUGUAAAUUCCCUUUUGGGUAAUUUAUUUUUCUGUAGAUUUGGAAAAGUUUCUUUUUCUUUAUGGCAAAUUUUGACCAUUUGGGAACAGGAAAUAAAAAUGUGCACCAACUAAACCAUGUAAACAGGAAUUUCACUAUAACAUAAUUUGUUGUAUGAGGAUGAACAUAUCAAGGCUUCACCUAGGAAUAUUUAACUGAAGUUUGAUUACCAGAUAUACUACAUGGAUGCCAUCUUAACCUACUUGCCUCCAUUCACUAUAAUUUCAUUUGUUGCCUGGACCCCUAGGCCAGUUAAUAGUGUCUUCAGAGUAUUUAGAUAUCUUCUAAAGAGUUAUUUGGCAGUGACUCACCAUCAUGAUUAUAAUCUGUGCUAUAAUGAUGAGCCCACACCACUCACUAGUAUUAAUGAGUUAGAAUUAUAAACUUUAAGCAUUGUCUAGGCUAACUCCUACCUUUUAUAGAGGAGGAAACUGGGCACUAGAAAAGGAAAGGGCAUUGAUCAGAGUUGUAGAAAGUAGCAGUGAGGUUUAAACAGAGGGUCCUAUCAUGCUCAGUUCAGUGCUUUUUCCACCAAAGCAUGCUGUCAUCGACAAUUUAGUUACAGCAUUGAUUUGGCCCACUUGUGAAAUGGAGUUGGCAGCACCAAGUGGUACAGUGGAAAGCCUGAGAAGUGUCAAAUCAUUUCAUCCCUGGGCCUCUUUUUAAUUCAUCUUUCAAAGAAUGUUAGACAAAAUGACCUCUAAGAUGGAAAAAAAAAGCAUUUAAUUCUGUAUAUUUUGGGGAACAAAUUUUACUUUGUUUACUUUGUACUCUCAGCAUUUUAGUGCUAGUCUUUUAGUUAAUCAAUCCUCCACAAAUAUUUUUAUUCAGUAGUCAAACUAGAGCAUAAUUUGGUGGGCUGUUUACUUAAAACAUGAAUUUAAUGCUUUUUGCUGUCUUCAUAAUCAGCUUUUGUACAUAUGUAUGGUAGCUAAAUGUUACCCAUAAAUAUAAUUUAGAGAGUGGCUUUUCCUCUUUGGACAAAUCUUUGAUUGAAACAUAUCAGCAUGCAGGAAGUAAACAGCCCAAUAUAUAAUUCUGACACUAAAUCUACCCCAAAUUUUUACUUGUCUAGAUUACAUAUAUAAUUUCAUUAUAGUUACUUUUUUGACUAGGACACAUAUUAUAACAUUCUCGAUUUCUGCUCCUACUAGCACCAAAAAAAGGGUAGGAAGGGAAAUACUUUUCAGUACUUUUGCUUUUCAUUAUUGUAAUUAGACUGCUUUUCCUAGGAUUUCGUUAUUAUUACCUACCCUACAAAUAGUCAUAAACUUCAGGGUUCCUUAGAAAUGUGAGCAGUUACCUUUAGUGUUAAACUACUGUGUAAAAGGUUGAGAAAGAUUUGUAAAAAUUAGAAACAUGGAAAAUGAAUUUUUUUAUGUUUACCAUUAUUUAAUUCACAGAAAAAUAGCAAAAGUCUAAUUGUCCAUUUAUGGAGAAUUAUACAAACCAUUUAGACCAUCUAUGGAGGUUUAAAACAUUCUUAUGCUGAAAACAGGGCAUUGGAUCAAAUGAUCUCUUUAAGCUCCCUUCUAGGGCUAUUUUUGUCUUUCUGUAACAAUAGUAAGCAACUACUUACUAGGUCACUCCUGAUUUGGUGGGUAGAACAUUGUCUAGAUGGAUAGAGCAGAGAAAGGCAAAGGACACUUCUCCUUUGAGGAAUUCCAGUAGGCUUUUUCAUUGUGUUUACAAUCUGCAAAUUUACUUUUAUUUUACAGAAUGGUACUUAACAGCCUUGUACACCAGGAAAAUUAAAGUGGCAGGCUUAUUGCUUUAAAAUUUUAAAGAAUCCUUAUAAAUUGUGUGCUUUAGUGGGAGAAGUCAAGUUAUUUUAAUGUCAAGCUUCAUUAGGUACAUUUUUCUUGGUAAUACAUAGUUUGCCUUUUCUGAAAUAGUUAUUAGAUAUACCUCACUAGAAAUAAGAGUUAUAAGGAAGUUUGAUGUCUUAUCAAGGGCUGUUAAUUUGUUACUACUCAGUAGUUAUUAGUAAAUGUUCUUGGAUUAAUGGCAGAAUAAAAGGAAAUGUUCUAAAGAUGGAGGGCUUAAAACUUUAAAACAGUUGGGAAAUUAGGUAAAGUUAGAUAAUUCAAUAUUUAGAGAAAGCGAUAUUAUCCUUAGAAAUGCAGGAAAUGCUGCCCAAAUGAAUGUAAUGAGAAAAACUACAUUGGAUAUAAUGCAGACAUUUUAGCUAUAACUUAAAAAAAAUUCUUUAAUGAAGCCAAAUAUCCAGGUGGCAAUGUUUGGCUCAAUAGACUUUAGAAAAAUGUAUAUUACAAUGCUGUUUUUUCUUUCUUAAGGAUUUGUCCUCCGUGGUUGUCAGAUUCUUUUUCCUUAUUGAUAUGUUUCUUUAAGGACUGGUUUACAUGAAAAGAAAUUAUAGCAUAUGUAAUUUUCAAUAUUGUACAACUCCAAAAAUCUAGAGACUUCAGGGAGCUGUCAGUCCUCUAUAGAUGAGAUUUGUAGAAGAAAAAUUCAUGUGAAUGUUUCACUGCUCUGUGCUGUCCAGAAAAAUCACUUAAUUUCUUACAAUAUGCUGUAUUCUUUCAAUGUUUUAGGUGAUAUUUUUAUAUCUAGGUUUAUUUUUUUGUACCAUUUCCCUCCUUUCAUUGACAGAUGGCAUCCUAGCACCUUAAUAAAUACCAAAUGACUCACUUGUAUGUCAGUGUUUUGAAUCUUCAUUUGCUAAUGCUCUGAGACUUCUGGAUGCAAAUUGAUAGAACCCACUUAAAAGCAAAACACAAAACUUAUCAAGGAAAAGUAUUAUUUUGUUACUGGCAUUUCAUUUCCUGAGUUUAAAAAAUAUAUAUUUUCUUCAGUUUUUUAGGUAUCAUCUUUACUUGGGAAAUUCUGACUUGCUUUUUUGAAGCAUGUUUUUGAUAUUUCAUGAACUGGGUUGUUUUUUGUUUGUUUUAAACCAGUAUCUAACUUGAAGUUGAGAGAUUCUUAAGAGUUCUGUCAAGUCAUGUAUCUUUAUUCUUUGCUAUAGCAUUCUCUGAAUGAAUGUUGUUAAAAUAUAAAUAUUGAUUGAGAAAUAACAGGAGCGAUAUACUACCGCUUGGAGUUUAUAUAAUGGGCUGCUCUAUUAGCUUAGUUCUUUGCUGAUGAAUCAUUAAAGUCACAUGGAUGCACUUUAUAAUGAAAUGUUAUUUAGACAAAUGUCAUUAUCUUUUCCCUCCUACUCUCUCCUCCUCUUCUCUCUCCUGUUUCUCUGCAAUCUCAAGAUUGCAGUUUUGCUUAGCAAAAUAGAUUAAGAAAUUGAAGAUGUUUGAAUUCUUUGGAAGACAAAUGUGAGUAUUGACCAGUGAGAUCCUUUAUUGAUGAAAAAGGAGAAGAAUCAAGCAACCAAAAAAUGACAGAUAAGAAAAUUUUCUAUGAUAUAUACUCCAGAAGAGAGAAGAAAAAUAUGAACUUCAGAUAUUUUUAAUAUUUAAAGUUAGUAUAUUUACAAGGAGUAUUCUGUAUUAUUUAAGCCUAUAUUCUCAGAGUAUUUUGUGUUUCUUGUUCUCUAUCAUUUGUAAGCAGACAACUUAUAUGGGUUCUGACCUUUAUGAAGAAAACAAGAGUUUCUUGUGACUUGGUUUUUAUCAUUGAGAUACUUAUAAGAACAUAUCAUGCAAAGCUGUAUUUUUAAAGCAUCUAAUAAACCAUCUCAUCUCCAAAGAUACAAA